GAUGGCGAGGGCGCGCGGAGGGCCGCUCAGGGGCAGACUCGGAGCGGCAGCGGCAGCCGGCAGGCGGGAGCGGGUGCGUCCGGCGGGGCCGGGGGCUGCCUGGGGCGCGCGGGGCGGGCGGCGCGGCGGCCGGGGCGCCUGGGGCGAUGCAGGCGACGACCCAUCAAGACCAGCUGGAGGGGCCCGGCGCAGCUAGAACGACCCUCUUCACCUCAAGAGACGGGCUCUGGAAUCUUCGUUUCGCCGUCAGGCUUGAUUGUGCGCACGGGCUCCGUCGGAGCAAGCCUUGUUAUAUGGGUUUCGUGCGGAGUACUAUCCUUGUUGGGGGCAUUGGCCUACGCCGAGUUGGGAACCAUGAACACGAGUUCUGGCGCUGAAUACGCCUACUUCAUGGACGCCUUCGGCUCGCUGCCUGCCUUCCUGUUCUCGUGGGUGUCGACGCUGGUGCUGAAGCCGUCGCAGCUGGCCAUCAUUUGCCUGAGCUUCGCGCAGUACGCAGUGGAGGCCUUCUCCUCGGAGUGCGAGCCUCCCACCCUCGUUGUCAAACUGGUCGCCGUGCUGGCCAUCGCGGUGAUACUACUAAUCAACUGCUACAGUGUAACAUUGGCCACGAGCGUACAGAACGUGUUUACAACAGCUAAGCUUGGAGCCGUGCUCAUUGUCAUUUGUGGUGGCGCUUACAAACUCGCCGAAGGAAACACACAACAUUUGCGCGAUCCAUUCGUUGGCACAAAAGCAACAUUCGGAAACAUAGCUACCGGCUUCUAUACCGGACUAUGGGCGUAUGACGGUUGGAACAACCUCAACUACGUCACUGAAGAAAUCAAGAAUCCUUCCCGCGUGGGAAGCCAUCUCGCCGCCAGAGCGCCCAGGCCCAAGCCCGCUGCCAAGAGCGCGUCCCGGCUCUGCCUCGGAGUGUGUGUGUGUGUUAUCUCGUGUGGUGACACCGUUGUUUCUGUUGGGCGCCUCUCGCCCGCGAGAUCUAGCGUUACCCUAGCAGGCAGGCAGGCGGUGCCCACACGGGCGCGCGCCAAGGGCGACAGGGCGGCAUUGGAGCAGCGGGCGGAUGUGGCCCCCGCUCUCCACGCGAAGCCCACUCCUCUGAAACCACCACCACCAUCACCACCACACCCCCCACCCGCCCGAGGGGUUGCAGAAUUAUUCUUUCCUCAAAUGUGUAUUACAUAUUCUUCUGAGCAGUACUAUUCGUGCCAACGUUCCAUCUCAGAAAUUUACAAAAGAGAGUCGUGGAAGACCUUUGGCAACCGUAUCCUGGGUGUGAUGGCCUGGCUGAUGCCAUUGUCUGUCACCGUAUCAACCUUUGGAUCUGCCAAUGGGACUCUCUUUGCGGCUGGCAGGUUGUGUUUCGCAGCGAGUCGCGAGGGCCAUCUGCUGGAUAUUCUUAGCUAUGUGCACGUGAGGCGAUACACUCCAGCCCCAGGGCUCAUCUUUCACUCACUGAUUGCUGUAGCAAUGGUGAUGUCAGGAACCAUAGACUCCCUGAUUGACUUCUUCAGCUUUACUGCCUGGAUCUUCUAUGGAGGUUCCAUGUUGGCUCUAUUGGUCAUGCGCAAGACAAAACCACAUACACCUAGACCAUACAAGGUCCCAAUUAUCAUCCCAUUGAUUGUGCUGGUGAUAUGCGAUCUACCUCAUUGUGGCACCUAUUAUUAAUGAACAAAAAUAGAAAUAUCUGUAUGCAGCAACAUUUAUUCGUAGCUGGCUUACUGUUCUAUGUGCCAUUUUGUACACUAUGGUUAUGUACCUGCUGUAAUGGAUACAAUUACUGUUUUUCUGCAACUCCUGCUUGAGGUGGCACCCUCCCAAUCAAUGUUUGAUUAGCAACAAUUGCAGACAAGAAAGAAAGCGAGCAGCAUUCUAUGUGUAGUGUGUAUUCCAUUGCAGAGCACUCCCAAGUAGUGCAGAUGUCAACUUAGGACUAGAAAAGUCCCCACAAUAAAUGUUAGAUCAAUGUUGUUGUCAUAUGUAAAUACUCGACCAUGUUCCUAAGCUUUAUUACAAUUGCUUAGGAGAAGAUGUAAUAACAAAUAACUGUUGGUGGCAUUCAAUGUUUUCUCUGCUAAAUUUCACCAGCUUUAAAAUCUCAAAGAGUAAUUAUUUAUUGCUCAGAUACUUGAGUGAAUGAUAACUAUUCACAAGAAAUUCCAAUGAACACUUGUGAUAGUUAAAGAGGACAAGAAAAAUACAUAAAAUCUUCCUUAUAGUUGUUUGUUAAUUUUUAUUAACUGCAAUUUUAUUUCUAUUUCUUUCAUAUGCAAGGCUGUGUGGAUGCACACUAAAUUUACAUAAAAUGGUCAGAUUCCACGUCUGAAUGUUGUCAAAGUUUUGAGAAUAUUCAAUGAUAAAAGUGCCAAAACAAAUAUUGAGUGUUUGUGCAACUCUACAUUUUUGAUGUUUCAGAAAAAACUAUUUGAAGAAAUAUAAUUUUGUUUUUGACUAAAAAGAACGUAUAUUGACAAUUACACAGACGCCAGGCAAUGAUAUUUUUCUUGUUAAUUUUUGGAACAUGUGUUCUGACCAUUUAUUCUUAAAUAUUUUAUCAGUAUUUCAUAAUGAAGAUAAAUCAGAAAAGUUUCUUAUUUCUUCAAUGCAUUUUUAAUAAUUACCAAGACUUUAUUUGAGACACAUUAACUAUCUUUUGAUAUUUUGGAAGUGAUACUUCAUCAAAGCAUUGUGACAUGAUGGUAGAAUGUGUAAAUAUAAAUGUGUAUGUAUAUGUAGGUCUAUUUUUACAUGGUCUCGGAAGGGUGAAAAAGUACCUGAAACAAUAUAAACACCACAAAAUAAAAACAAUUUUUGUUUUGUACACUGACCUCUUUCUGUAGUUUAGAUGUUAUUAGAUAUGCAAACUUUGUUGCUAUUUUAGAUUGUUGAUGCCUACCAGUGAAAAUAAUGCUUUGAAAGAAAGUUCCUGCACAAUUAAGGAAAUGCUGUGGACAUACUCUUCCUAAACGGAGUGCUGAAAGGCUGUGAUGGUUAUUGAUGAAAUGUGCUGUGAAUGAAGUAUCAUUUUGAAUAAUUUGUUCAUUCCAUUGAAUCCAUGUUUAACUAUGUAUUGUAUUGUAAUCUAUUGGUAGUUUUAUAUUGGACAGGGCAUAUCAACAGUCUUGCAUAAUUAAUAUGACUGUAUACUUCCUAUCAUUCCAGAUCAAGUUGAGGUAGGAAAACUUAUGUGGUACUGAUUUGUGUCAAAACAGUCUUGCAAGGAAAUAUGAGAAAUCAGUGGGAACAAAUUGUUUCUAUCAUUCUUUUAUACUGUUUUCAAAUCAAUUAGAUUUUGCUAUACCAAUACCAUUUAUAUUUAGAUAAUUUUCACACAAGUAACUGUACUUAUUUCUGCAGUCAAUGAUUAGUAUUGUUCAAAAUUUAAUGAACACAAAAUUGAGCUAGAUGCAGAAAUUUUCAAAUUUCUCAAAUUAUUUUUAUUCCAGGGUACAUAAAUGAAACAAUAGAAGAAUAUGCAGCUAGCAACAUUAAAUAAUGGUUAAUGUUCAUGUACACAGAUCUAUUUUUAAACAUUUCGAAUUCUAUAAAUUGUUGGAAUGCAUAUUUUACUCAAGUUAUGAUUUAAUAUAUGUGUAUAAAACUUUUUGAUUCAAAGAUAGAGAAAUCUGAAGAAAUAAGUUUUAAAUGAAAUGUUGUAUCAAAACCAGUUUAUUUUAUUAAUAAUUGUAAUAUUUUUUGUAACAUUCUCAAUAGUAUUUGUGUAAAUGUUUAAUUAAAGAUAAAUUUUUUAUAUUUACUUGCUGUACGAGACCAAAUAUCAAAAUAUAGAAGUUUGUGUUGAUUUUCUUUUACCAUGAUAAAGGCCCUUUUGUUUAUUCCUGCAAGUGAAAUUUAAUGAAUUGAUUCAUUACCAAAAUCCUUGUGAGAUUACUUUAAUUGUGAAUUGACUCAUGGUUGAAUGAAUGUUAUAGAAAUGGUUAAUCAUAUUAGUUGAAACAAAAUAAAAAUUUACUUAUUUUUCUUAUUCUUUGCUCAAAUAUUAUGUUUUUCUUUAAUGCAGCAGUAAAUUGAUUACAUGCAUUGCAUUUCUAAUUUUUUUUAAAUAUUAUUUAACUAUUUGAAUUCCUGAUAGUUCAACAUGUUAGUAUACUACAUUCAACAGCUUCAAAUUUACCUUAGUAAAUAAAUAUUAUAAAGUAAUAUAUUUAUAUUCUUUCAGCUUGAGAAAACAGUAUUUCUUAAUUGUUAAUGGGAUGCUAUAUGAAAUUAUAUCAUAGACCUAAAUUCCGCAAAGAAAAAAGAAGUGAAUAGUCGGCAGAAUUUUUAUCACAGCUAACGAAAAUAUUUAGGUUUUUAUGACUUACGUUUCUCUUCAAAUAAUUGUGAUUUGAAGAAUGAGAAAUAUAAAUACUUAGUGUGAAUUAGAUUGCUAUUUAUUUCUCUCUAUUUUUGAAACUAAAGAGAAUAUAAUUUGCAAUAAUGAGCUGCAAAUCAACCAAUGUUUUACAACAAAAUUCUUAUAGAUAUUUAUUUCCAACCCCGUCACAGAGUUAAGUUCAGCAAAACAUUCAGGAAAGCAUUGUAAGUAAUGGCAGUCAACACCAUAAAAGUUUAAUUUCUUUCUUUUGUAUUAGAAAAUUCAAAAACAAAAGGUUUAAAUUACAUUAUCAUUUGAUCUGAACAUUACCCUAAAUGUUAAUUAAUGUAAUAAUACCCAUUCAAUUCCUAAAAACAAAUGAUAAAUGUACUAUAGAAAACAACCAAAUAAUCUGGGGAAAAGUAUAAAAUAUUACAGAGUGGAAAAAAAGAAGCACCUUUUAAUGGCUGGGAAAUUUCACUGUUUUCUUAAGCUGACCUAUGAAACAUUAUGUUGCAAUUUAUGAUAAAACACAAUGUAUUAUUAAAGAAAAAGUAACCAAAUAAAUUCUUAGCUUAUUCAAAAAUGUUGUAACACCCUUCCAGACAAGUGUUUUUAUGUACCUUCAUUAAUUUUUUUCCCUAUGUGAACAGUUAUGUUUAUUUUACUUAUGAAGGAAAGGAUCUGAACCAUAAUAAAUUGUAAAUUGUGAUGUAAAUGAAUUAAUAUAGAUGAUAAUGUUAGAUUCAUUGUAUUAAGAGAAAAUAAAGUUAUAAACCUUAAAA